CGCAGUGGCGUCUCACCCCCACCCUCUCCCCACACCCCCACCGGGCUCCCGCCUCGAGCCCCGGGUUCGCAGCCGCAGCCGGGAUCGGGCAGCCGGGGGCGGGCGGGCGCGGGAGGGCCAUGGCUGAGGGGGAGGAGAUGCAGACCUUCACCUCCAUCAUGGAUGCACUGGUUCGCAUCAGUACAAGCAUGAAGAACAUGGAGAAAGAGCUGCUGUGCCCAGUGUGUCAGGAGAUGUACAAGCAACCCCUGGUGCUGCCCUGUACCCAUAACGUGUGCCAGGCCUGUGCCCGAGAGGUGUUGAGCCAGCAGGGCUACCUAGGCCAUGGUGGGGACCCCAGCUCAGAACCCACUUCUCCUGCAUCCACGCCUUCCACCCGCAGCCCCCGCCUUGGCCGGAGAACACUGCCCAAGCCAGACCGCCUGGACCGACUGCUUAAGUCAGGCUUUGGGACGUACCCUGGGAGGAAACGAGGUGCCUUGCACCCCCAAGCGAUCAUGUUCCCAUGCCCAGCCUGCCAGGGUGAUGUGGAGCUGGGCGAGCGUGGCCUGGCGGGCCUUUUCCGGAACCUCACCCUGGAGCGGGUAGUGGAACGGUACCGCCAGAGUGUGAGUGUAGGCGGCGCCAUCCUCUGCCAGCUGUGUAAGCCCCCACCCCUGGAGGCCACCAAGGGCUGCACCGAGUGUCGAGCCACCUUCUGCAAUGAGUGUUUCAAGCUCUUCCAUCCGUGGGGCACCCAGAAGGCCCAGCAUGAGCCCACUUUGCCCACCCUCUCUUUCCGCCCCAAGGGCCUGAUGUGCCCAGACCACAAGGAGGAGGUGACCCACUACUGCAAGACAUGUCAAAGGCUGGUAUGCCAACUCUGCCGGGUCCGCCGUACCCACAGUGGGCACAAAAUCACCCCAGUCCUCAGUGCCUACCAAGCUCUCAAGGACAAACUGACAAAGAGCCUGACAUACAUCCUGGGAAACCAGGACACGGUCCAGAACCAGAUCUGUGAGCUGGAGGAGACCGUGAGGCACACAGAGGUGAGUGGUCAGCAAGCCAAGGAGGAGGUGUCCCAGCUGGUGCGGGGACUGGGGGCUGUGCUGGAAGAGAAGAGGGCGUCCCUGCUGCAGGCCAUUGAGGAGUGCCAGCAGGAGCGUUUGGCCCGUCUCAGCGCCCAGAUCCAGGAGCACCGGAGCCUGCUGGAUGGUUCAGGCCUAGUGGGCUAUGCCCAGGAAGUGCUGAAAGAGACAGACCAGCCUUGCUUUGUGCAGGCAGCCAAGCAACUGCACAACAGGAUUGCCCGGGCUACUGAGGCCCUCCAGGCCUUCCGGCCAGCCGCCAGCUCCUCCUUCCGCCACUGUCAACUGGACGUGGGGCGUGAGAUGAAGCUGCUGACCGAGCUCAGCUUCCUGCGAGUGCCUGAGGCGCCUGUCAUUGACACCCAGCGCACCUUUGCUUACGACCAGAUCUUCCUGUGUUGGCGACUGCCCCCCCACUCCCCACCUGCCUGGCACUACACUGUGGAGUUUCGCCGCACAGAUGUGCCUGCCCAGCCAGGCCCAGCGCGCUGGCAACGACGGGAGGAGGUGAGGGGCACGAGCGCCCUGCUGGAGAACCCCGACACAGGCUCUGUGUAUGUACUGCGCGUGCGCGGCUGCAACAAGGCUGGCUACGGCGAAUAUAGCGAGGACGUACACCUGCACACGCCCCCGGCACCUGUCCUGCACUUCUUCCUUGAUGGCCGCUGGGGCGCAAGCCGAGACCGCCUGGCCAUCAGCAAGGACCAGCGGGCCGUGAGGAGCGUCCCGGGGCUGCCCCUGCUGCUGGCUGCUGAGCGGCUGCUCACCGGUUGCCACCUGAGUGUGGACGUGGUCCUGGGCGAUGUCGCCGUGACCCAGGGCCGCAGCUACUGGGCCUGCGCUGUGGAUCCAGCCUCCUACUUGGUCAAGGUGGGCGUCGGGCUGGAAAGCAAGCUUCAGGAAAGCUUCCAGGGCGCCGCUGACGUGAUCAGCCCCAGGUAUGACCCAGACAGCGGGCACGACAGCGGGGCCGAGGAUGCCACGGUGGAGGCGUCACCACCCUUUGCCUUCCUGACCAUUGGCAUGGGCAAGAUCCUGCUGGGGUCUGGAGCAAAUGCCAAUGCGGGGCUGACGGGGAGAGAUGGGCCAGCUGCCAGCUGCACGGUGCCCCUGCCGCCCCGCCUGGGCAUCUGCCUAGACUAUGAGCGGGGCCGAGUCUCCUUCCUGGAUGCUGUGUCCUUCCGUGGGCUCCUGGAGUGCCCCCUGGACUGCUCAGGGCCAGUGUGCCCAGCUUUCUGCUUCAUCGGUGGUGGUGCAGUCCAGCUGCAGGAGCCUGUGGGCACCAAGCCCGAGAGGAAGGUCACCAUAGGGGGCUUUGCCAAGCUGGACUGACCGUCCUGGGCCCCCACUGCAGGCUUUCUGGUACCAGGCUGUCCCCUCCCUCCUGCAGCAGCUUCUUCCCCAGACACCCCUACACCCCAUGUCUGUGUCUCCCCAGGCCUUUCUCCUGACCCAGGGCCUCUCCCCCAUCUCCCUCUCUCCAUGUCUGUGCUCUGCACCCUCCAAGUCUCUGGCCUUGACCCUGCCCUUGGCAUCUUA